AUGUCUGACUCAAAAUCUUCCUUUCACCCUGCUCUUGCUGUAUCCAACAUCAGGAACCACGUUCCCAUCACUCUUGAGAUGGAAAACAUGCAAUACACAACAUGGGCGAAACUCUUCAAAAUUCACGCACGAUCCCAUAAAGUAAUUGAUCAUAUUAUUCCUCCAACGAAAGGCAAGGAGAAAAUUCCUCAGAUAGAGGAGGAGAAAGAACUAUGGUCGACCCUUGAAGCUACUGUUCUUCAGUGGAUUUACGCCACUAUUUCUCAUGAUCUUUUACAUACCAUUCUUGAACCUGACACCACGGCAAUGGAGGCUUGGAAUAGAUUGCGUGACAUAUUCCAAGAUAACAAACACUCUCGUGCCGUCACCCUUGAGUAUGACUUCACUCACACAGACAUGAUAGAUUUUUCAAAUGUCUUUGCAUAUUGUCAACAUCUCAAAUCUCUGUCGGAUCAACUCAAGAAUUUCGGCUUUCCCGUCGACAACAACAGACUUGUUCUUCAACUAGUCUCUGGUCUAACCGAGCCCUACAACGGUGUGGCCACCCUUAUUCGCCAAAGUGACCCCUUGCCCCAAUUUUAUCAAGCCCGUUCGAUGCUCACUCUUGAAGAGGCCGGCCUUGCCAAAAAGGCAGCACAGAACUCGUCAUCUGCCAUGAUUGCUUGUGACUCGGAUGACUCUCCUGAUGUUUCUGAUUAUCCCUCUUCGAACUGCAAUAAUGGUGGGAAGAGGAGCCAAAAUCGCAAUAAUAAUGAGGGAAAAAUCGUCGCAACAAUGGUGGUCGUGGCGGCGGAAAGGGCAGCACUAGUCGUGGGGGUACGACUGGAGGCCACGAUAGCCGCGGUGGUGGACAGUAGCAAGCCAAUCAGCAAGCUCUAG